CUGGGUUUCAAAGUAGUAUUGCUUGAAUUCAGUAAUGUGGGUGAUUCACCUUUCCCUGUAGAAUUAAUUCAUUUUUUCAGCUUCUGGAUCAGAUAUUUCACAUUGUAGCGCCACUCGCUGAUAACAAAUCGGACGAAAUGGGCUCCCCCUCCGCCUGCAUCUUUCCCACACACUCAGCGGCACGCUAGUUAACGGCUCUGGCUAGCUAACGUUAGCAACGCUGCAAACGCCUAAUAUGUGUAGCUAUGGAGAUGCGUUAUUUUGACACACUUCAAAUGUAAACUAAGUUGUCAAUCAUUGGCAUAACGAACAUUGUUCUCCAGGUGAAUCUAAGUGGACAUCAUUAAAGGGGCCCCAUAGCACUUGGAUCUGUUCUUCUCUGUCCCAGGUUCAGACUGCUUGGUCUAUGGCGCUGAUGGACAAACACAAACAGGUCAAGCGGCAGAGACUUGACCGCAUUUGUGAGGGUAUCCGACCCCCCAUCCUGAACGGGCCAAUGCAUCCGCGGCCCCUGGUAGCCCUGCUGGACGGGCGGGACUGCACUGUGGAAAUGCCCAUCCUCAAAGAUGUGGCCACAGUGGCCUUCUGCGAUGCCCAGUCCACACAAGAGAUACAUGAGAAGGUGCUAAAUGAGGCAGUGGCCGCUCUGCUGUACCACACCAUCACUCUAUCCAGAGAUGACUUGGAAAAGUUUAAAGGCCUACGCGUAAUUGUCAGGAUUGGCUCAGGCUUUGACAACGUUGACAUCAAAGCAGCUGCUGAACUAGGCAUUGCUGUCUGUAAUGUGCCAGCAGCCUCGGUGGAGGAGACAGCCGACACUUCGCUAUGUCUGAUCCUCAACCUGUACAGACGAGUCACCUGGAUGCACCAGGCCCUCAGGGAGGGAACCCGUGCCUCUAGUGUGGAGCAGAUCAGGGAGGUGGCAGGCGGUGCUGCUCGUAUCCGGGGCGAGACCCUGGGCAUUAUUGGCCUGGGGCGUGUUGGCCAAGCAGUGGCUCUGCGGGCCAAGGCCUUUGGUUUUGGCGUGAUCUUCUAUGACCCCUACCUGCCCGAUGGCGUGGAGCGUUCACUAGGCCUGCAGCGCAUGGCCACCCUGCAGGACCUGCUCAUCCACUCGGACUGUGUAUCCCUGCACUGCAGCCUCAACGAGCACAACCACCACCUCAUCAAUGACUUCACCAUCAAACAGAUGCGUCAGGGAGCCUUCCUGGUGAACACAUCGAGAGGGGGUCUGGUUGACGAGAAAGCAUUGGCUCAGGCCCUGAAAGAGGGCCGGAUACGAGGGGCUGCCCUGGACGUCCACGAGACAGAACCAUUCAGUUUUUCAACAGGCCCUCUGAAGGAUGCCCCCAACCUAAUCUGUACCCCGCACACAUCCUGGUACAGUGAGCAGGCCUCUGUGGAGGCUCGCGAGGAGGCAGCCAGGGAGGUUCGGCGUGCCAUCACUGGGCGUAUCCCUGACAGUCUGAAGAACUGUGUGAAUAAGGAAUACCUGAUGGCAGCCUCUCAGUGGCCCAGCAUGGAGGCAGCCACUGUUCACCCAGAACUUAAUGGAGCCACUUACAGAUUUCCUCCAGGCCUGAUCAAUGUUGCAGCAGCAGGGGGUCUCCCAGGAGCUGGCGCAGGGGUUGAAAGCCUGGUUUCAGGAACCCUGGCGCAUGGUAUCGCCCCCGUCUCUCACCCCCCCCAUGCCCCCUCUCCGGGGCAGCCCACUAAGGCUGAAGCCGACAGAGACAUCCCCUCCGACCAAUAGCCCCCCCUGCCGCCGCCAGUACAUUCCGUCACCUCUGGAAACCACCCCCCACCCCCACUUCCCAGCAUCAGACACAGCCCGACCCUCCAGUACAUCGGCAGCACCAGUUUGACCUGACGUGGAUCUACACAGUCUUGUUUCUCAGAUCACAUAACCAGCCCAGGAGUGACCUAUCCACAGCUACCCCACAUCCCACCCACAUCCCUCCAGAACACACACCCAUCCCUCCAUCCAAGUCUGCAUCUCACCCACCCACAUGCCAUCCCCUCCUCCCUUCACUCCCCCACAACGUCAGCAAUAACUCUGUUCUCAAGGAUUCAAUGAUUGGAUUGGUUUAUUUCCUUAGUUGGCCGUUGUUUUAAUGGAAAGUUGAUCUGUUGUGGUUCUAGGUGUUAAUGUUUGUUUGUUUUGUAAAGAAAAAAUAGCAUUUCUGACACGAGGCUUUACAGUCUGCUGCCUCCUGCAGUCCUCCUCUGACCAGUAGAGGCACAGAGGCAGAAAGUUUGAAGCCCCCCUUUGUACAUUAAUGGCUCAUGUUACUGCUCUCUUCUUUUUCUUUUCUUUUUUUCUCUCUCUCCCCCUUCACCUUUGUUGUGAUGGGGGAAAGUAAACCAGACAGAAUCACAAACAGUAAAUCCUGUCCUCCCCACCAGGCAUCUAGCUACCCCUCAGUCCAAUUUUGCCCUUCGUCCCCCCACCCCCCGGCACUGUCAUCAUUUUGUUCAGCAGAGGGAUCCUUAAUGCUGUCAGUGUGGAGCUAUUACAGACUGUCAAAAUAUAUUUUAUCUACUCAGCUCACACUUAAGCAACCUUGAUGGAGUGACAGCCAAAAUCUUAUGUCACAUUUUACCGCUGUGAUUGUCCAGAUCGGGUACAGUCAUCCCUGUAUUUACACAUGUUUUGUCCCCCAUGGAUUUUUCUGUCAUGACAUAAUAGCUUAGCGCAUCAUAUCAGAGAGCACCUAGGUGUGAAUUUCUAUCUCAUGCCAGCAGCCAGGGUGCUGCGUGUGAGGUCUCUGCACAUUGGGCCCAUACAGUAUCAAACACAGCAGCUUUUUCUUGCUGGAAAAACAGCAGCAUGCCAGGGACCUCACCAGCAGAGGGCACUGUCUGACCACUCAGAGCUGCAUGCAGCUCAUGUCAGUCAAACAGAUGGACGGUUACAGGUUAGUUUUAGUGAAGAAGAACAUGAUCACACACUGCCGACAUUCAGAACACAGGAUGGGUGACCGGGGAUCGACUACCGCCUUAUUGUUAUUGCCUCACUGUA